CACCACAAAAGAAGCAACCAUAACCCAGGAAGAGGAUGACACAACUGAAAUGACCAUGACUCAGGAUGACUCUAUCACAGAGGAGAAUGCCAUCACCCAUGGCCAGCCUGAGGUUGCUGGCCCAGCUUCCUUCCAAACCCUGAGAUGCCCGAGGUGGAAGGGGGUCAAGAAAGCAAUGGUGAACUGCCUCAGACACCUGUGCUGCUGCCUGGCCCCUGCCAAGAGAAGCCAUGACUCCUGUAAGAACCUAGGUCCAAGGAAACAGGAUCGUGGAGUCACCCACAGAACCAGGAAGAACCCCCAGCACAAGAUGGAAUACAGACACAGUGCACUUCCAGUCAGAGCUGCUGUAGAUGACCAUAGUGAUGAUGCUGGGCACCCCAGUGAGAACGACUUGAAUGACAGCUUCCCGGAAGACGAUGAGGAGGAAGAAGGAUACGAGCCGACAGAUGAGGACUCUGACUGGCAUCCGGGAAAGGACGAUGAGGAGAAGGAAGACGUGGAAGAACUGUUGAAACAAGCAGAAAGAUUUAUGAAGAGGAAGAAGUGACUUUCCUGCAAUAAUAAAGCUCACAUUUGCCUUUUCUCUAUGGGAAACACCCAGACACUGAGUAGGCACUUCAGUAACCAUUUAACACCAGCCUUCAUUGAAGUAGGUGGAAGUUAUGCUUUGCCUAUUUUGGUGCCUGUUUAGUUUAUCUGUUAGUGGAAGCAGGUAAAGAGGUUAGGCAGGGAUUGAUAUUUUUUCAUAUACUUUAAACACUGCUGAUAAAAACCAUAGGUAGUACACACCUUUGGUUUUUGUAGUAUCCUGUGUGAGCUUAGCCAGGUGAUUACAGAACGUGGAGCCCUACACUGCUGUUUAAAUAGUCCCUCACACAGCUAGACUUGACCAGUGUGACAGCCAGUGCAGUGUCUGUUAUUUUUCCAAUGCAUUAGAUGUGGCUUUGUGAUUUCAUUUACUGCUUUUGUCUGUUGAAUCCUGGGAAAGUUAUUAACAAAUGCUGAAAAUGAUCCUGUUAAGCUAUAGGGAAGCGGUGCUCACCUUCCAAGGAAAUGUUUUUUGCACAUCCCACAACUAUGGUUUUUUUCCCAUCAUCCCCCUCCUUGAUUACUUUGCUUGCACUGUGUAGCUUUACAUGUAGGAUGCCCAAAAGCUUCCAGUCAUGGUAUUCUCAGAGAGUCUCCUAAGCUUGGGUGAGAGGGAAAUGUUCUCUGCCAUGGUUAGGGUUCUGGCCUCUGAAGAAGCCCCUGCUCCAAGUUAAUGAGGUACAGUAUCUCCUCACUGCUGUCCUUGAACCAGACUCUCAGUAACUCUUUGCUUUAGGCAGCUUAGAGUUUCUAGGAGCUCAGUUUGCACUGUGAGUAGAGUCUGUGUAUACAGAGCUGGGGGUGCAUCAAGUUAUGAAGCAGCAAGAAAGCGCCUUGUCAUCAUUUAAGA